GGCCCGGACUGGGUCCCAUCGCCCCACCUCCGGUCGCUCGACGUGCUCUCGCGUAGUUCCGCCUUUCUUAAGUCCCCCCGCCUCGCAAGAUGGCUGCGGUGCCGCCGGGCCCGGAGCCGUGGAACCGUGUGAGAAUCCCUAAGGCGGGGAACCGCAGCGCAGUGACAGUGCAGAACCCCGGCGCGGCCCUUGACCUUUGCAUUGCAGCUGUAAUUAAAGAAUGCCAUCUCGUCAUACUGUCGCUGAAGAGCCAAACCUUAGAUGCAGAAACAGAUGUGUUAUGUGCAGUCCUUUACAGCAAUCACAACAGAAUGGGCCGCCACAAACCCCAUUUGGCCCUCAAACAGGUUGAGCAAUGUUUAAAGCGUUUGAAAAACAUGAAUUUGGAGGGCUCAAUUCAAGACCUGUUUGAGUUGUUUUCUUCCAAUGAAAAUCAGCCCUUAACUACCAAAGUAUGUGUUGUCCCCAGUCAGCCAGUGGUGGAGUUGGUGUUGAUGAAGGUUUUGGGAGCCUGCAAGUUGUUGCUCCGCUUGUUGGACUGCUGCUGCAAAACUUUUCUUUUGACUGUGAAACAUCUAGGUUUGCAAGAGUUCAUUAUUUUAAACCUUGUGAUGGUUGGGCUGGUGAGCAGGUUAUGGGUUCUCUAUAAAGGUGUCUUAAAAAGGUUGAUUUUGUUAUAUGAGUCUUUGUUUGGAUUGCUUCAAGAGGUCGCUAGGAUUCAACCAAUGCCUUACUUCAAAGAUUUUACCUUUCCUUCUGAUAUCACUGAAUUUUUAGGACAGCCAUAUUUUGAAGCCUUUAAGAAAAAAAUGCCUACAGCUUUUGCAGCUAAAGGAAUAAAUAAAUUGCUAAAUAAACUGUUUUUAAUAAAUGAGCAGUCACCAAGAGCCAGUGAAGAAACCUUACUUGGAAUUUCAAAAAAAGCUAAACAAAUGAAGAUCAAUGUACAGAAUAAUGUGGAUCUUGGACAGCCAGUAAAGAAUAAGAGAGUCUUCAAAGAAAAGUCAUCAGAAUUUGAUGUGAGGGCUUUCUGCAACCAGCUGAAACACAAAGCUACUCAGGAGACCAGUUUUGAUUUUAAAUAUUCUCAAUCCAGACUAAAGACAACCAAGUAUUCUUCUCAGAAAGUGAUAGGAACUCCUCAUGCCAAAAGUUUUGUGCAAAGAUUCCGAGAGGCUGAGUCCUUCACACAACUUUCUGAAGAAAUCCAGAUGGCAGUUGUAUGGUGCAGGAGCAAAAAACUCAAGGCUCAGGCCAUUUUUCUGGGUAACAAACUUCUUAAAAGCAACCGGCUUAAACAUCUGGAAGCUCAAGGUACUAGUUUGCCAAAGAAACUAGAGUGCAUAAAAACGUCUAUUUGCAACCACCUUCUUCGUGGCUCAGGUAUCAAAACUUCAAAGCAUCAUCUGAGACAGAGAAGAUCACAGAAUAAAUUUUUACGGAGACAGAGGAAACCACAGAGAAAGUUGCAGUCGACUCUUUUAAGGGAAAUUCAGCAGUUCUCUCAAGGGACUUGGAAGAGUGCUACAGAUACCAGUGCUAAGUGGAGACUCUCACACUGUACUGUGCAUAGAACUGAUCUCUACCCUAACAGUAAGCAGCUCUUGAAUAGUGGAGUUUCAAUGCCUGUCAUACAAACUAAGGAGAAAAUGAUUCAUGAAAAUCUUAGAGGCAUCCAUGAAAAUGAAACUGAUUCGUGGACGGUGAUGCAAAUAAAUAAAAACAGUACAUCAGGAACCAUUAAGGAGACAGAUGACAUUGAUGAUAUUUUUGCUUUAAUGGGAGUUUAGAUCUUCGUUCAUAUGUGAGACUUUUAAGUGAUUAACAAGGCUAGUUCAGUGUUCUAAGUAGAACUGCUAAGAUCUGGAAGUACCACCUGGACUCACAGAGGAGCUGCUUUAGUGCAGCAUUGCACAGGAGUUCAUUUCAGUUCAGUCUACAUUUAAAGUAGCAUUGUGUCAUUUCAUCAACAAGUAUUUUUUUUUGGCUUCAACUACAUGUCAGGUGUUAAUAUGAAAAAUCUGCCACAGCCUACCCUUGAGAAGCAGAUGUAAUUCCUUGAGUGAGGCUAGUAAGUGUCUGAAAAACUGAAUAAUUUUAUGACUUACUAGGCAAUUUAAUAAUCGUUUGCAAAAACCAUUGUGUCUUGAGGUAAAUGAGUAAGGAGGGUGGGGGAUAGCAAGGAAACACCUGAAAGGUCAAUUUGGUCUUAUUGGCUCCAUUAUACAUAGGUCCGCCUCUGAAUACUAAAGUUUGUAGCUCCUGACAGUUAUGUUUUCUUGUUUAUAUGCUGGAAUUGAUCAACAAGGUUUGCCACUGCUUGUAUUACCAGGGACUGGUUACAACCAUUAUUUCUCUUCAUUUGCUCGGCUUAUCUCAUAUUAAAGUGAGUUUGGAGUUCUCCAAAAGGUUUUAAUUUUAUUUAUUUGGGUACCAGUGAUUGAUUCCAAAUAAACCUUUUUACAAAAAGGCCAUAAGGUGGUUUAUGGUUACAUAUGAAAUAUAAUAGGAUAACAGGUAGAUGAGAAAGUAAAAUGAAAAAAUGAGGUUAGGAGAUACAAAGUAGACCCAGGAAUGAGGCUAGAACAUUUAUAAUUUGGUGUUGAUGCUGUCAUCUGAUAGGGGAUGUUGCUCGUACUGUUGCUCUGAGGGGAGUACAUCUUGAGUAUUUUCAAAUAAUGAUGUGAAGUUUGAGGUAGGUAUCUUUCCAAUGUUCUAACUUUACUAGAAUUAGGUUAUUAAGCUUCUCUAGUGCCCUUUUGUUACAUAGAGAUUUAAAGAAAAAGAAAGUAGUACCUUAGUAUGUACCGCAUCCUUCUUUUCCUCAGCCACCCUAUCAUAACAGAAGUUAUUUCCCUUCCAUUCUUUAUUUGGCUUUGUUCUUUCCCUGUCUGCCUUCUCCAUUUUCUCAGUUAUCUCUACCAGUGGUUCUCAAACUUUAGACUUUUUGAGAAUCACCUGGUGGGUUGCUAAAAGAUGCAGAUUAGCCCUUUCCCAGAGACUGAUAAACAGGGGCCAGAAACCUGCAUUUUUAACAUGGAGCCCAGGUGAUUUUGAUCCAGGUGGCCCCCAAAUCCAGUUAUAUAAACACUACUUUAGCUUCUCUCCUGAAGCCUUAAGUAAACUGGUUUAAUUCUUAAUCUGUACUCAGUUUUCAUAUUCCUUUUGGCUUUCUACCAAGUGGUAGUAUCCAUUUAGUGCCUUAAAAUAUAGACAAUACCAAGGAGAUUUCAUUCUAGACAAGUCUAGAAAUGGCCAUUAACUUCUAAGUGUCCUUGUGUUCAAUGAAUUUCCUUUACCUAUUGGGAAAUAGAAGGUAAAUUCAUAAGAGAACUGGUGUAUAGCUUUGUGGACCAUAGGGCUUAUUUGUUGAGAGUUGUCUAUAUUCAUGCACCCAGUCCCCUAAGUAGCCUCUUUUAAGACUUCAUUUAGCUGAUUCAGAAAAAAACUCCCUGGGAAUUACGACAUUUAAGGUUCAGUCUUGCUUCUCCUACUUGUGGCUUCACUGAGCUAGUCAGUUUCCUCUGGCUUAGGUUUUGGAUUUGAAGUGGAAUUUUUUCAAGAAUGAAACUUUUAUAGCUGAAAUAAACUUUGGAGCUUAUCUUUCAUUGGAAAAACCAGGGUGGUUCAGUGAGUUAAGGACAAUAUAGCAUGGACUGGGCUGCCAGUCUAGCAUUUGUUUCUGAAUUCAUUCAUGUUCUUUUGGAGUAUCUUCAUCUCCUCUCAUUUUCCCAUCUUCUGCCCUUUACUAUUCUGGGAAAAUGGCAAAAAAGCUUCACAUGGGUCCACAGAAUGACAAUUUGUAUGUUUAUAAGGAAUUUAGUAUUCUGUAUCAGUUACUUUUUCCAAAUAAAUCCAAAUAUUUAACAUUUAAAAAAAUGCAAUCUAAAGUAUACCAAAUUGUAACUUACCUAGUAAAUGAGAUUAGAAACUAUUGUCAGGGUCAUCAUAGUGAAUUAUUAUUAUUAUUAUUUUUUGAGACAGAGUCUUGUGCUGUUGCCCAGGCUGGAGCACAGUGGUAUGAUCUCAGUUCACUGCACCCUCCACCUCCUGGACUCAAGCUAUUCUCCCACCUCAGCCACCUGAGUAGCUGACACUAUAGGCACCACCAUGCCCUGGCUAAUUUUUAAAAACCUUUGUGUAGAGAUAGGGUUUCACCAUGUUGCUUAGGCUGGUCUCAAACUCCUGGACUCAAGGGAUCCACCCACUUUGGUCUCCCAAAGUGCUGGGAUUACCCACAUCCUAGUACCAAUUUUAUCACUUCUGAUGGCAUUAGGACACACAGGCCAUUUAUAAGAGCAGUGUUUGAGACCUCCUGUGUGUCACUUCCAAUCCUCUUGGCCUUCAUACUAAAGUCACUGCUGUGGCAACCAGUUUCAAGCAGGGCUGAACCUUGCCUCUUGCUCUGGGGAUGUCUCACUUCCUGCCCCUGGGCUUCUCACCAGCUGUAGGAACUGCCUAGCACUUGGGUAUGUACAACCUGGAAGAGGUGUGGGGCCACCCCAUCCCCUCCUCAAAGAAAUUCACAGGCACAGUAUGAGGCUAAAGUAACUUCCAUCUUGGAUGCUAAUCUACCAUGUUGACUUCUGAUAACCAGUUCCUGGAAUGCCCUCUAAGAUUUCUUUUAUCUAUUAAAAGAACACACACACACACUGUAAAUCAUGGCCUUAAGCAAGUUAUAGGCUAUGUUGUAAACAGCAUUCUUGCCUUUCCCUGAGGAGUUGACUUCAGUGUCUCACAUGUUCCUUCAUGUACACCCUUUUCUCUAUGGCAUAAAAGCCCUGGGUCGGGGGGUAACUGUGGGGAUCACUGCCUGAGACAUGGCUUCUGUGUGUAAGUCCCUAUUAAAUGUUUCUUUCUGACAAACUGGAUUUGUUGGCCUCUUUCUUUGGCAUCUCAGCACUCUCAGCCUUUGGGGGUAGGUUGCAUAGACCUGGUCACUAUACAACACAUAUUUCCUAGGACUUAUCACAAGUUCCCUCAAGAUCUAGCACUAGUGCUGUUUCGGCUAACUCAAUGAAUAUGUUAAAAGGCUUGUCUGUCUUGUUUCAUUUUGCCACUGUUCCCUGGGAUCACUUCCCAAAUUUACAUAUGUAAGCUUUUGGCUCAGGCUCUGCUUAUAGGAGAACCAAGGAUAAAUCAAAGCAGUGAAGUAACACUGGCAGACAAAAAGAUGACUUCUAAGAUAAUUCUUUUGUUACUAUAUAUUUUAUGAAUGUCUAUAUUAAAAAAUCUUUUUUUUGGGUGAAAACAUUCCUGCUUAGAUUAGACCAAUUCCGUCAACUAUAAAACUGACAAUAUAUUCAGACUGU